GAGCUGUCCCGAGACGACAUGCACACAGGGCUCGUAGCGCUGCUCGACCGCUUUGUCGCAGAGGAGACAAGGCCCGACGCCGAUCGAGACAUUCUCUACCACGCCAGCCAGCUGCGGCAUCUCCUUGCCCGCAAGCAAAAUCCGGCGUCUGCAGGCCCACUGCGCGAGCUCGAAGAGAAGCGGCCCAGUACAGCGCCGAAGACUGCCAUCCCCCCAUACGUUCACCGUAAAGUCCAGGAAGCGAAAGAUCUGCCGCCACUCCCGCCCAUCGACGAGCCUCACCUGCACGAUGCAGCCUUCACCCACCGCUCCUUCAUCACGAGAGCAGGCGAGAAGGGUACCUACACCGAUCUUGAUCUUGACUACGAACGCCUUGAGUUCCUCGGCGACGCCUACAUAGAGCUCAUUGCCUCGCACGCCCUCUACAGCCGCUUUCCCCACGUCGACGUACCCCAGCUGUGCUCUUGGCGCGAACGCCUCGUCGAGAACUCUAUGCUCGGCAAGUUCUCCGAAGCGUACGGCUUCACCGACCGCUUACGGCACCACAACCAGUGGGAUCGCAAUUCAAAGGCAUGGAAGAAGGUCGUUGCCGACGUCUUCGAGGCGUACGUCGCAGGCGUCGUGCUCUCAAACCCGCAGCACGGCUACGAGACGGCGGACAAGUGGCUCACAGAGCUCUGGGCACCGCAGCUGUUGAGCUUCAAGGAGAAGAUCAUCGAAGAUCCCCACGCGAAGAACAAGCUCGCCGCGCUGGUUGUCGUCAACGACAUCAAGCUCGAGUACCGAGAGGAGCGGCCCAUGAUCUACGAGAAGGGCAGCAAUUUACAGAAGUACUUCAUGGGCGUGUACCUGACCGGCUGGGGCUACAGAGAUGAGUGGCUCGGAAGCGGCGAGGGGCAGAACAAGGCCAACGCUUCCUCUGCGGCUGCGGCCGAUGCGAUCAGGAAGAACAGCUCCGCGACGCAGGAUGCA